AUGACUACUCUUGAACCACGGUCGCCCUACUCCCCGGAAGAGCUCGAGAAGCUCUAUCCGAAGGGCCUCGAUUUGAAGCUUGUUCAGAUCCUCCUCCGCCAUGGCGAACGAAGCCCUGUAUCACCACGUUUCCAGAGUACUGGCCUUGCCCCUCAUUGGCCGUACUGCAACGCAGCUAGGCAGAUAACGAGCGUCCUCUUGUCCGCAGCCCGCGACAAGGACGUGUCUCAAUGGGACGAGCUCAAGUACAGGCGAAGGCUUGAGACGUUUGGUGUCGAUGACGGGCCUGUCGUAGCAUCUGGACCCACCGGACAGUUCGAUGCAAUCUGCCAGCCUGGCGAGUUGACCGACAAAGGUCGCGAAUCCACCCUCGCGCUCGGUCAACGCCUGAGACACCUCUAUGUAGACCAGCUAGGUUUCAUGCCUCGGUUGAUCUCGGACAGUGAUAUGAUAUAUCUACGAUCGACACCUAUACCACGAGCGCUCGAGUCUGUGCAACAAGCCUUCUGGGGCAUGUAUCCUCCUUCUGCUCGCACAGCAUCCUUUCCCGUCCCGACGAUCCUCACCAGAACGCCCGCAGACGAGACGCUGUACCCGAACGACGGCAACUGCCGGCGAUUUGCCCAAUUGAGCAGGGCGUUUGCACAAAGGACGGCCGAUAGAUGGAACGAUACGGAUGAUAUGAAGUAUCUCACUAAAGUUCUCUCAAAAUACAUGCCAGGCAACACUCCAGUAGCUGUUGACUCUCAUCCGCGCCUUUCGGGUAUAAUGGACACGAUCAACUCUACGCUCGCGCAUGGGCCUGCGACUAGAUUACCUGAUGAUUUCUACGAUCCAAAAGUCCGCGAUAUCAUUGAAAAGAUCGGGUGCGAAGAGUGGUUUGCCGGCUAUGAGGAAUCGACCGAGUACCGCGCUCUAGGCAUAGGUGCGCUGGUGGGGGAUCUUGUCUCCCGCAUGGUCGGCUCCGUGGAACGAACGGGCAACGACGGUCUUGUCGAGAUAGCCGGUGAAGAUGGCGCGCUAGGCACGGGCAGAGGUGGCGAGCACGAGAUCAAAUUUGCAAUGAGUGGCUGUCACGAUACCACUCUUGCGGCUCUGUUGGCAUCUCUCGGAACCUUCGACGGCAACAAGUGGCCACCCUACACAUCGCACAUCGCUCUCGAGCUGUUCCGUAACCGCACAGAAACUUCAGAAGUGCCCCCGCCAGUUACACGGCCAGACCGUACGGGCGAGCAGCCAGAGAAGGUUAGGAGUCAGGGCUGGUGGGCAAGGUUGUUUGGAUCGAACAGAGAGCUUGCUCCAGGGCCGGAGGAGGUUCCAUCUCAACUAGAGGGCAUCGCGCGCAAAAGAAUGGAUGAAUUGACGGACGAUCAAAAAAACCAGUUCAAAGGAUACUAUGUCCGCGUUAGGUACAACAACAUGGUCAUGCAAGUUCCGGGAUGCAAGCCGCAAGGGAAGCACCUGGAGGGAGACGAGAGCUUUUGCACCUUGGAGGCUUUCAAGGCCAUUGCGGACAAGUACACGCCACGCAAUUGGAAGGCGGCGUGCGCAUCAAACAUGGAUGACUCUCCCUUCCCCUCGAAGGUGGAGCCUGCUGGCUACGACUAG